AUGUCGUUGGAGCCAUCCCUGGCCGAGUCGCCUCCGUCGACGUUGAAAUUCAACAUCGUCAUGCGCGACUUCACCGGCUUCUCUGAAAAUGAGGGCACGAAUGUGCAUGCACAGAUGUCCGUCCUUGGUUCGUCCGGGGAAAGUGUUGCCACCACAAGUCCGAUUGCUGGAUUCGGGGAGACACCUGUCCGCUUUGAAAGCAUUCAUGUCCUCAGUGUCGAUCGCAAAGCGGAACAGUCGGCUGUCCUCAAGAUCGCCAUGUUCUCGCAACUUACUUCAACCCAUCUGGACAAGCUCGUCAGCUGGGAUGAGCUUCGUGAGCUGAUGGAGAAUCCAGAAGAAGCCAAGCAAGCCAAGCAUCGCAUCCCUGAAUCGGAGUUCAUGACGGAAGAAAGGUACGAUGUCUUUUGCAAGGUGCAAUUCCUGGAGCUCUCUGAGAAUGGGCAAUAUCUGCCAGUGGAGGUUGUGCACGGCGACGCCAAUGACGAAGGAGUGUUUCAAUUACAUCAAGGUCUGCAAAGGCGGAUUAGCGUCACACUGACCCAGCAUCUGAGCGAGUCGUUACCAUGGGACGACUUGAAGAAUUUGCGCGUGGGGGAGAUUCACCUCAUCGAUUCAUCUGGCCGCAUCUCUGAUAUUGGAACAACGACGCCUGAUAUUCCGCUGAAGCAGAUUCAGGAUCCAAUGAUCAAGGACAACGCGGAUGGCACCUCGAACGUGACAAUUAUUGGACAAUGGGACAGCUCGCUGCACAAAUCCCUGCUCUUGGAUCGGUCAACCAAUGAAGACUGCCGUGUACGGAUCUCGCUUCGAUGGGACAUACUAUCAUCUCGGCUUGACAAGAUAAUGACAUUCUCGAUCAACCAGCAUCUACAGGUCACGCCUCGAUCUUACUACCGGCCACAAUCAGUGCUAAAGUCAUUCUGGAACCAAACAAGGGUCACCCGAGCCACAGACGGACUGUUCAACAUUGUCGUCAGACCGACGAGUGCUAAGCGCGCAGCUGAUCUGUGGCGCAUGGACACUUCCAAGGACUACGUUAAUGGCGAAGAGCUGCUUGGAAGCUGGAGUCCUCGUGGGCUUUCCCUGGUCAAAGACUAUAUUACAGCCCGCCGGAAGAGGCGUCAAAUGCAGGAAAUCGAAUCCGCUCGUGCAGCACUCGGCAUGAAGCGCCUCAGUAUCUCGAAACCGAAAUCCAGAUCGCGUACAGUAUCCCCGGCUCAAGAACCCACGGACCAGGAAGAAGACCUUCUCCGUCGCUGCUUAGCAAUCUGGUCCCGCCCGGCCUUCGAACUCUCCAGCUCAAUCUUCGGCACCACUACACCGCCGGAGCGCGAGAACCUCCCGCCAGCACAAGCGUCCGAGCGCAAGACGAAGUACAUCGCUGUCGUCACCAAUAUCCCCAAGAACCCUGUCAGCCUGAAAUCGGGACACUUGCUCACGCCCUCGGACGACUUCGAGCCACAUCAGACAUCCAUGCAGUGGAAACGCCGCUUCGUCGACCUCCGCCCGCCAUACCUCAUGAUUCACAGCGUGCCCAACGGCGAGGCGAUCAAUGCUAUCAAUCUGAGCUAUGCGCGCAUCGACCAUGAUCCAGACUUCAAGCGACUAUUGGGUGGAGUGCCAUCGGAGGCUGCAGAGGAAAGCCCCAUGAGAGGAGGCGGCCAUAGGCGAAAUGGCAGUGCGGAUCUCAAUCAAGGACUAGGGCAUGUGUUUGCAGCGUACGGUGAGCAUGGAACGUUCCUGUUUGCGGCACGGAGUGAAAGCCAGAAAGUGGACUGGAUUUUGAAGAUUGAUCAGAGCUAUUUUGGGAGUGUGCAGGAGGAGGAUGGGUUGGAGGCUGGUGGUGUCUGA